AUGGCGGCGGUGGCUGGUCGCAUCCGCCGCAGCGUCAGCCUCGGCGGCCUCGGCAUCGCCGCCAGCGAGCGGAGAGGGCCCGCGCCCUCUCAUGCCGCGGGCUGCGGCGGUGGCCUGGCCCCUGGCGCGAGGGUCUGCGUGCUACCUGGCCGCCAGUUCCACGAGUUCGGCGCUGGAGACCGCGGGGUCGUCGCGCGCGUGGACGCGGAGGCCGGCACGUGCCAGGUGGAGUUCGACGGCAGGCGAGGCGCGGGCCUGGCGGUGUCGAUGCGGCACCUUCGGCUGGAGUCGGCUGCCCCCCCCGCCUCGCCGCCCGGCUCCCCUCUGGGCCGCCGUGCCGCGGAGCCGGCGCCGGCGGAACGGCUGUGGGGCUGCGGCUCCGAGAGCGCCAGCCCGCGCCGCGCACCGGAGGCGCAGGGUGAGACCACGGUGGAGGUGUGCGCCCUGCGCGCGGUGGCGCGGCUGCACGGGGGGCCUCAGAGCACGCUGCGGUGGGUGAAGCUGUUCGGCAGGUGGGCGUACGAGGACGUGAACGUGUCUGACCUCAGCCUGGUCGACUAUAUCGCAGUGAAGGCUGGGGCGCACACCUACCUGCCGCACACGCAGGGGCGCUACCAGGCGAAGCGCUUUCGCAAGGCCCUGUGCCCCAUCGUCGAGCGCCUCUGCUGCUCCAUGAUGAUGCACGGCCGCAACAACGGGAAGAAGUUGAUGGCAGUCCGCAUCGUGAAGCACGCGUUCGAAAUCAUCCACCUCUUGACGGACAAGAACCCCAUCCAGGUCUACGUCGACGCCGUGAAGAACGGCGGCCCCCGCGAGGACUCUACGCGUGUCGGCUCCGCGGGCGUUGUGAGGCGCCAGGCGGUCGACGUCUCGCCGCUGCGCCGUGUGAACCAGGCCAUCUACUUGAUCUGCACGGGCGCCCGCAACAGUGCCUUCCGAAACAUCAAGUCGAUCGCCGAGGCGCUCGCUGACGAGAUCAUGAACGCCGCCAAGGAGUCCUCCAACAGCUACGCCAUCAAGAAGAAGGACGAGAUCGAGCGCGUGGAGGUCAACGAGCUCCGCGCGCUCGUGUUCCGGGAGCACGCCAGGAGCUCGAUGGACCUGUCCAGUCUGGAGGACAGGGUCAUGAGAAAGGCGCCCGCCGCGGUUGAGGAGACGACUGCUGCACCUCCAUCAGCGAGCGCGUCGACGCGCUGCUGGCGGAGCUCGGCGCGAGGGAGCGGGAGACGGCGGCUCCCUGAACGCGCGCGUCGGCGCGCUGGAGGCGGCGGUCUGCGACCGCGGCCCCCUCCGCGACCGCGUCGACGCGAUCGAAGCCGAGCUCGCCACCAAGGAGGGCGGGGCUGGCGUACGUCGAUGACGUCGUCACGAAGGUCGACCAGAGGGCGGAGGCGCACCGGCGGUCGCUGUCUGCGCAGGGCCGAGCGUUGGUUGCCGAGUUGGCGGCCGCGGGCAAGCAGCAACCUGAGGUCCAGGAGCUCCGCCGCCAGCUCGACGAGCGGCUAG